GGGCCACGUCACCGGGCGGCCGGGGGCUGUCGGGGAGCGGGUGGCGGCGGGCGCCAUGCGGCGGGGCGCGCUCCUGGCGGGCGCCCUGGCCGGGUACGCCGCGUACCUGGUGCUGGGCGCGCUGCUGGUGGCGCGGCUGGAGGCGCCCCAAGAAGCUCGACUUCGAGCCGAGCUGGAGAAACUGCGGGAGCAGCUGCUGCAGAGCAGCCCGUGCGUGCCCCCCGCGGCCCUGGACCACUUCGUGGAGCAGAUGCUGGCGGCCGGACGGCUGGGGCGCGCCGCGCUCAGCAACUCUUCGGACCCGACCUGGGACUUUGCCUCGGCCCUCUUCUUCGCCAGCACGCUGGUCACCACCGUGGGCUAUGGGUACACGACGCCGCUGACGGACUCCGGCAAGGCCUUUUCCAUCGCCUUCGCGCUCCUGGGCGUGCCCGUCACCAUGCUGCUGCUGACCGCCUCGGCCCAGCGCCUGUCGCUGCUGCUGACCCACGCGCCCCUGUCCUGGCUGAGCAAGCGCUGGGGCUGGGACCCCCGGCGGGCGGCCCGCUGGCACCUGGUGGUCCUGUUGGUGGUCAUUGGGACCGUCUGCUUCGUGGUGCCGGCUGCCAUCUUUGCCUACCUUGAGGAGGCCUGGAGCUACCUGGACGCCUUCUACUUCUGCUUCAUCUCCCUGUCCACCAUCGGCCUAGGGGACUAUGUGCCGGGGGAGGCCCCCGGCCAGGCCUACCGGGCCCUCUACAAGGUGCUGGUCACAGUCUACCUCUUCCUGGGCCUGGUCGCCAUGGUGCUGGUGCUGCAGACUUUCCGCCAUAUGUCCGACCUUCACGGCCUCACCGAGCUCAUCCUGCUGCCCCACCCGUGCCCUGCCAGCUCCCGCGAGGACGAGGAUCGGGCAGACAUUCUGGGCCCCCAGCCAGAGCCGCACCAGCAGCUCACGGCCAGCUCCCACACCGACUACGCCUCCAUCCCCAGGUAGCCGGGGCAGGUGCUGCGAGGCUGGGUGCACCUGGCCUGUGCAGAGGGACCCCAGGACUGGAGCUGGAAUCCUCGAGCAUGCAGGGGUGCGUGCUGGAGGUUGGGAGCCACUGCUGCCGCCCGGCCGGCCUUUGUUUUAUGUGUCCAGGCUCCACUGGGCACCAAGUUGCCCUCUCAUCUCCCCCACUCUAUGGCUCUCUGGCUUUCUCACCAUCUCGUUUCUCGUCCCGUUACUCCCCGAUCCGCCUCUCUCGCUCAGCCUCUCAACGCCGGCCAGGCUCUCUGCUCAGGCCUCCUUUUGAGCAUUGGAUCAGUCACCACACCUUGGCAAGUGAUUGGCCUCUUGGAGCCCUGAUCUCCUUGUCUGUCCUGUGGAAAGAACGUAUCCACUCAUCCCAAACUUCUUUGUGCCAGCCCCAGUGCUGGGUAGUGUGUGGGACAAAGUAGCAGUCAACAUGGCUGGGGCUCUGCUCUCGGGCCUCAAAGUCCAGUGAGGUGUAGACCUGUCCCCAGUGGUGACAACCCAGACCAGGCGCAAUGUUAACAGAAGAGGCACAGUGAUUAGGAGUGUGAUGGAGAACGUGCUGCCUGGAAAGUCAGGGAGGGCUUCCUGGAAGAAGGAACAAUAGCACUCGGCCCCAAAAUAAGAAGUAAGUCUAAGAUAAAGGUGGAUUUGUCUCAUUUUGUUCUUAGGUGUUUCUGGGGAGUAAUACCUGUCCAGAGAGCUCUGGAUAGUCCUGGGUGGUAAGAUCUUCCUUGGCUCUGCACAGCUCAGAAGGUGCUGCUCUCAGCUGCAACACCACUCUGACAGCUGUGUCCGUUUUCCGUGAGCCAAUUGCAUGAGAUACACUGGACUCUGGGUCCAGCCUGCUGGGACUCAAAUCCUGAUUCAGCCACGUCCUGCCCGUGUCCUCAGAAGUCACUUCAUCUCUGUGAUCCUCAGAUUCACAUCUGUAAGAUGGCGAUAAUAAUCCUACCUACUUCAAAAGAUUUCUCUGGGUAUUUACCUGAAAAACACAGAAACACUAAUUUGAAGAAAUAUAUACAUCCUCAUGUUUAUUGAAGCACUGAUUACAAUAGCCCAGAGCUGGGAACGACUUAACAGUUCAUCGGUUGAUGAAUGGGUAAAGAAGAGGUGGUGUGCAGCCACCGUGGAAUCCUAUUAAGCUAUAAAAAGACAAAAUCCUGUCAUUGGCUACAACACAGAUGGACCUAGCAAGCAUGAGGUUUAGUGAAAUAAGCUUGACAGAACGAAAAGCACCGUAUUACUUCACGCCUAUGUCAGAGAAAACAGAUGAACUGAAUAAAACAAAAAUAAACUUUUGGACUAUUUAAAAAAUGAUUUCUCAAGCCUGCCAUGUUACUCUAUGGCCAGGCCCUGUUCUGAGUAUUUACAAAUGAUAGUACCAACAUCCACUUUCUCCACAGGCGAGGAAACUGAAGCACAGGUAGGGGGAGAUCCCUCGCUUUGACACAGAGCUAGGAGGUGAUUGACUUUCUGUUCGUCCUGCCAAGUUUUCCCUCUCCCAAGAUGGUUCAUCAGUAAUACUGAUGGGCUUUUUACUGCUAAAAGCCCGUCCACUGAGCCAUUGGAGGUGACAGAAGGGAUGGGACAUGUAAGCCAGGCCUUGAUGGACAAAUAGCAAGGACAGGAGGCAUUGUGAGCAGAAGGAAUUGGGUGUGCAAAGGCCUGGAGGCAGGAAAGCAUGUCAGACAUCAGUGUGGGGCAGGCAGUUAACUGACAAGUAUGGAGUGAAUGGGGGAAGGAGGGUGGAACUAUGGGCAUGGGCCCAUCCUGAGUGGCCUAAAAUGACCAAAUUUUUUUUAAAGAUUUAUUUAUUUAUGCAUACAAGAACUGGGGUGUAAGCCAGAGGUAUGGGGGGGCGAGUGAGAGGAUUCACCAGAGACAGGGUGGGAAGCAGAACAUACAAAUCAACUGGAAUACACUGCUGAGGGGAGCAGCGGGCGAGACAGGAGAGGUCUGCUGCGCCACGUGGGUUGUUCCCUGGCCAGGGAUCGAACUCGUGCCAUAGAGGCUGAUGAUAGCUUGAUAGCACUGUGUUUAACCACUGUGCCACCAGGGAGGCCCUAAAUGACCAAAUUUGCAUAUUUGGUCUCUCUCUUGAGGGCACUAGAGAGCCAGAGUAGGUAGGCUGUUGAACAGCAGAAGACCAAGGCUGGAUUUGGGCUGCUGUGUAGAGUUUAUAGAGGUCGGCCAGAGGGGACACUGAGGCCGGUGAAAGGGAAACGCUGGAAUGGACACAAAGCUGAAGGGGGCAGGGGUGAGGCGGGCAGGGCCAAGGGAUGGAAGGAGGUCCUUGUGUUCAUGAACCACUGGUCUUACAGACUUGGGAGGCCCAGCCAGGAAAAGGCCCAAGGGGUGGCCACUGCAGACUGAGGUGUGAAGGGAGACAUUGAGGUUAGGUGGUGUGAGGGGCUAAAGGCACACCCGGGAGAAGGUAUAGGGAAGUCACAGGACACCCAGGACAGGAGCUCAGGGGUGGGCAAGGCAGGAGACAGGUGAGGGGCCAAGAACACGAGUGGCAGCCCUGGGAGGAAUGAAGAAAAGACCAGUCUUGAGAAAUCAGCAUUCGGGUAUUUGUGUAUUGAUAUCAAUAAGGAAAAGAUUUUGGCUUCAAGUGACAACUUCCUGAGAGGCACUGACAGAAAUGACGUCAUGUUUGUAUAUGGCACAGCACCGGAUUUGGGGGAAGAUCCCAGAAGGACAUGAUCCACAGCUCCGAGAGGGCUGUCUGGCCCCAGGUACCCUAGCUCUGCUUUGCCACCCUCUACGAAUUGUUUGGUUCCCAUGUGGCCUCCCCUCGUGGCCCCAAAGUGUCUGCCACAUGGUCCACGUGUCAUAAUUAGACAAUAAAUUUUAGCGCCAGAACAGGGAGGCAUUUUUUCCCGUGUUACCUUUUCCAAAGCAAGAAAACCCUUUCCCACGGUUAGCCAAUCACAGGCCACAGUGAUGUGUCUACGCCAAUGAGUCGCAUUUCUCAGGGUGCUCCCCGCCCCCCAGAACUGAGGCUGGGGCGGAGGUUUUGGUUUAGAAUCUGGUGAGUGCUUGAGCAGAACUGGGCUUCUGUUGGAAGGGCAGAGCUUGGGAGAAUGGAUGGCCAUUGACUGAUUAAUCAGCCAGAAUCAUCCAGAACAACGAUGUAGGUUGGAGCCUAAGGAAAGGAUGCCUGGCUGAGACUGUCUAGGUAAGAGAAUUGGCAAGCUGGUAAAAUAAAAGUUGUCCCAAAUUCUGUUUGAACAGGUGGAUUAAACCAUGGACUGGUGAGGGCCUCCCCUGGUGGUGCAGUGGUUGAGCGCUGGGCUGCGAAGCUGCCCACAGCCUCUGCAGCGCCGGUUCAAUCCCCGGCCACC